UCCCCCAACAAUGCCAGCCCCCGGCAGAUGGGGGAGCAGGGGGAGGUACGGCCCCGGUCUGUGGAGCUGGGGCUGGAGGAGAAACGCAUCAAGGCCAAGAUUGAGGAGCUGGAGGAGGAGGACGGGGACGAGGGGGACUCCGAGGUGGCCUUCUCCAUGGGCAGCUGUUGCAGCAGCCUGCUGCAAAUCUUCAGGUCCAAGAAGUUCCAGUCGGAGAAACUGGAGCGCCUCUAUCAGCGCUACUUCUUCCGGCUCAACCAGAGCAGCCUCACCAUGCUCAUGGCUGUGCUGGUGUUGGUCUGUGUGGUCAUGCUGAUCUUCCAUGCUGUGCACGGCCACUGUGAGGUACCCUACGUCGUGGUGCUCUCUCUGGCCAUCCUGCUGAUGGUGGUGCUGUGCAUUGUGUGCAACCGCAACGACUUCCACCAGGACCAUAUGUGGUUGGCGUGCUACUCUGUCAUCCUGGUGAUCCUGGCAGUGCAAGUGGUAGGGGUUCUGCUGGUGAGGCCCAGGAGCGCCUCGGAGGGCAUCUGGUGGACCGUCUUCUUUAUCUACAGCAUCUACACGCUGCUGCCGGUGCGGAUGAGGGCCGCGGUCAUCAGCGGGGUGGUGCUCUCUGCCAUCCACCUGGCCGUCUCCCUCAAGAUCAACGCGGAGGAUAAGUUCCUCCUGAAGCAGCUGGUCUCCAAUGUUCUCAUCUUCUCCUGUACAAACAUUGUAGGCGUGUGUACCCACUACCCAGCAGAGGUGUCCCAAAGACAGGCUUUCCAGGAGACCAGGGAAUGCAUACAAGCCAGGCUGCAUUCUCAAAGGGAAAACCAGCAGCAGGAGCGUCUCCUGCUCUCUGUACUUCCUCGACAUGUUGCCAUGGAGAUGAAAGCUGACAUUAAUGCCAAACAGGAAGAUAUGAUGUUUCAUAAGAUCUACAUCCAGAAGCAUGACAAUGUCAGCAUCCUCUUUGCAGACAUAGAGGGUUUCACAAGUCUGGCCUCCCAGUGCACUGCUCAGGAGCUGGUCAUGACGCUGAACGAGCUCUUUGCCAGAUUUGAUAAGCUAGCAGCUGAGAACCACUGUUUACGUAUCAAGAUCCUGGGUGAUUGCUAUUACUGUGUGUCUGGGUUGCCAGAAGCAAGAGCUGACCAUGCACACUGCUGUGUUGAAAUGGGAAUGGAUAUGAUAGAGGCCAUCUCACUAGUCCGGGAGGUGACGGGAGUAAAUGUCAACAUGAGGGUUGGAAUCCACAGUGGGAGAGUUCACUGCGGGGUCUUGGGCCUUAGGAAGUGGCAGUUUGAUGUGUGGUCCAACGACGUUACAUUAGCCAACCACAUGGAAGCAGGGGGCAAAGCUGGGCGCAUCCACAUAACAAAAGCAACCCUGAACUAUCUCAAUGGAGACUAUGAGGUGGAGCUGGGCUUUGGAGGGGAGCGCAACGCUUAUCUGAAAGAGCACAGUAUUGAGACCUUCUUGAUUGUACGGUGCAGCCAGAAACGGAAAGACGAGAAAGCCACAAUAGCCAAGAUGAACCGUCAGCGCGCUAAUUCCAUCAGCCAUAACCCGCCACACUGGGGUGUUGACCGGCCCUUUUAUAACCACCUUGGAGCUCACCAGGUCUCUAAGGAGAUGAAGAGAAUGGGUUUUGAGGACCCCAAGGACAAGAAUACACAGGAAAGUAUGAACCCAGAAGAUGAAGUGGAUGAGUUUCUGGGCCGUGCCAUUGAUGCCAGAAGUAUUGAUCGGUUACGCUCUGAGCACGUGCGCAAAUUCCUCUUAACAUUCAGGGAGCCUGACCUGGAGAAAAAGUACUCCAAGCAGGUGGAUGACAGGUUUGGAGCCUACGUGGCUUGUGCCUCCCUAGUCUUCCUCUUCAUCUGCUUUGUCCAAAUCAUAAUCGUGCCACACUCUACAUUUAUGCUGGGUUUUUACCUGACCUGUUUCCUGAUCCUGACCACAGUGGUGUUUGUUUCCGUCAUUUACUCCUGUGUAAAGCUUUUCCCAGCUCCACUCCAGACUCUUUCUAAGAAGAUUGUACAGUCCAGGAUCAAUAGUACCUUAGUUGGAGUCUUUGCCAUUAUCCUGGUUUUUCUAUCUGCCUUUGUCAACAUGUUCAUGUGCAGCACUGUGGAUCUUGCCAGCUGCAUGGCUGCAGAAUACAACAUCACUCCUGACCGGGUGGACAUAUGCCUUAUCAGCAACCUGACUUCCAACUACAGCCUGGGCACCUUGCAGGGAUUCUGUGACAGUCCUUUGCCCAACUGCAACUUUCCAGAGUACUUUACCUACAGUGUCUUAUUGAGUCUCCUGGCCUGCUCUGUGUUCCUUCAGAUCAGCUGUAUUGGAAAACUGAUCCUUAUGUUAAUCAUUGAAUUUAUAUACGUUCUCAUUGUGGAAGUGCCAGGGGUCAACCUUUUUGACAACGCAGAUCUCCUGGUUACAGCUAACACCUAUGUGUCUGCAAAUGCAACGUUAUCAUGCUCUCCAGCAAUGACACGAGUUGCGCUGAAGAUUGUGACCCCUGUCAUCAUUACCGUCUUUGUCCUGGCCCUGUAUUUGCAUGCCCAGCAAGUGGAAUCCACUGCAAGGCUUGAUUUCCUCUGGAAACUCCAGGCCACUGAAGAGAAAGAAGAAAUGGAGGAGCUGCAGGCCUACAACAGACGCCUCCUCCACAACAUUUUGCCGAAGGAUGUGGCAGCCCAUUUCUUGGCUCAGGAGCGGCGAAAUGAUGAACUGUACUACCAGUCCUGUGAGUGCGUGGCUGUCAUGUUCGCCUCCAUAAGCAACUUCUCAGAGUUUUACGUGGAGCUUGAAGCCAACAACGAAGGGGUGGAGUGUCUGAGACUGCUCAACGAGAUCAUUGCUGAUUUUGAUGAAAUAAUAAGUGAAGACCAAUUUCGGCAGCUGGAGAAGAUCAAGACCAUAGGCAGUACAUAUAUGGCUGCAUCGGGCCUCAACGAUUCCACUUAUGACAAGGAAGGGAAGACGCAUAUCAAAGCUCUGGCCGAUUUUGCCAUGAGGUUAAUGGACCAAAUGAAAUACAUUAAUGAACAUUCAUUCAACAACUUCCAGAUGAAGAUAGGCCUCAAUAUUGGCCCUGUCGUAGCUGGGGUGAUAGGAGCACGCAAGCCCCAGUACGACAUAUGGGGCAACACGGUGAAUGUAGCCAGCCGAAUGGACAGUACAGGUGUGCCUGACAGGAUUCAGGUAACCACAGAUAUGUACCAGGUUUUAGCAGCCAACAACUAUCAGCUGGAAUAUCGAGGGGUCAUUAAGGUCAAGGGCAAAGGAGAAAUGACCACCUACUUUCUAAAUGAAGGGCCUCCGAUUAGUUAGCACCGAUUGCAGCAUCGCGCAAAGAUGGCAUUUGCAUUACACAAGAUUGUGAAUCGGAGAAGAAUCACUUUUUGGCAGUGAAGCUGAAAAAGCAGCACAGCUGAGA